AUGUCGUCAGCCUCCGUCACGUCUCCUACCUCCCCUGUUCCGCAGCGCGAUAUCCGGUCUGCAUCGCGGCCAUUCAAGCGCGAUAAGGACCACGGCUCCAAAUGGAGCAUGGGCAUGCGUCCCUCUGCUGGUGUUCGGAUCUCCUACAACAAUCUGACAGUUGAGGACUCUGAUGGGCUUGUUGGAGGUAGUUCUUCUCAACGCGAGAAGGUGCGCCCUCAUAAGCAGUGGAGUCAGAUGACGUCCGAUUACAAGUCUCACGCCAACAAAACUCCAAAACCAACCGCCCAUGCCUCCUGGACCGCUGGCAAUGCUUCCGGCCGUGUCGUGCGUAAAGUCGACGCCCAGCUCGAGGCCCAGUCCAACUCCCGCUCCGAUCUAUCUCGUUCCCUCCUCGACCUCCUCCCUCAGCACAAUCAAAAGUCGUCUUCCAGCAUCCAGACUGCGAUCCGUGCAUCGGGUGAUGAGGGAAUCCUCUAUUCCUUUGACAGCAAGGGAAAAAGCCCGGGUCAGAAGGGUCGAGAAGUCGAUCUCGGGGGCUUGGUGGAGAUGGCGGAGCAGAAGUUUUUGAAUGAGCAGACGGAACGCAUGAUUAAGGAGGACUACGAGGUUCUUGAUGCGGAUGGGGAGAGUGUUGUGCUUGCGAGUGGAAAGGGAAAGCGUAAGGGGAGUCCGAAAAACAAUGCUGUCAAAACCGAGGUGAAGGUCGAAGAUGACGAUGAUGGGUUCGAACUCAUCUAA